AUGACAUCUGGUUUUCAAAAGCUUCAACUCCAGGAAGAAGAUGUACUGAAAAUACUUGCUGCCGGAGCACACAUUGGUUCAAAAGAUGUGGAUUUUCAAAUGGAGCAAUAUGUAUGGAAAAAAAAGCCAAAAAACGAAGGCUCAUCUAUUGUUAAUAUUCGAAAAUUGUGGGAAAAACUUAUGUUAGCUGCACGUGCCAUUGUCGCAGUAGAAAAUCCAGCUGAUGUCUGUGUAAUUAGUUGUCGGCCACAAGGCCAACGUGCCGUAUUGAAAUAUGCUAAAUAUACUGGAGCAACACCAAUUGCUGGACGUUUUACACCUGGUUCAUUUACCAAUCAAAUUCAAGCAGCUUUCAAAGAACCACGCUUAAUUGUUGUGACUGAUCCACAUGUCGAUCAUCAAGCUGUUAGUGAAGCGUCAUUUGUCAAUAUACCAGUUAUUGGUUUUUGUGAUCCAAACACACCAUUGCGUUUUAUCGAUAUUGCUAUACCGUGCAAUAACAAGACAGUUAAAUCAACCGGUUUAAUGUGGUGGUUUUUAGCGCGUGAGGUGCUUCGCUUACGUGGUGAAAUUAAUCGUCAAACACCAUGGGACGUAAUGGUUGAUUUAUUUUUCUAUCGUGAUCCAGAAGAAACUGAAAAAGAAGAGCAAGUAUUAGGAGGUGGAAUAGAAACUGAUACACAAUUGCAACAUGCUGCCGACAGUUAUUUUGAUAAUGAUGCACCAAUGAUGCCAAAUACAGAAGGUUUCUCAGGAAGUCGAGAAAAUUGGGGCUCAUCAGCUGAAAAUUGGGGUACUACAACUGCAGCUACCCCAACAACAGGAGGCGAAUGGACUGCAACAGCGGUUGGAACUACAACGUGGUAG